AUGGAUUUGAGACCGGAGCUCCCCACAGUAUCUUCUGCCUCUCAGGUGCACCCCGGGGCUACAUCCAUCCCCGUGUCCAUGGCCAGUACCCUGCUGCGCGGGCCGCCGCUUCUUCUUCGUGCAGCAGACAAGUAUCCGCGCACUCCAAAGUGUGCACGCUGCCGGAACCACGGCGUGGUGUCCGCACUGAAAGGCCACAAGCGCUACUGCCGCUGGAAAGACUGCAUGUGCGCAAAGUGCACACUGAUCGCGGAGCGGCAGCGCGUCAUGGCGGCACAGGUGGCUCUGAGGCGACAGCAGGCGCAGGAGGAGAACGAGGCCCGAGAGCUGCAGCUGCUUUACGGCACUGCGGAAGGACUGGCGCUGGCCGCGGCAAAUGGCAUCAUCCCCCCGCGACCCAACUACGAAGUGUUCAACUCUGUGAACAAUGACAGCAGCUCAGAAUCAAGUUUACAGAAGUAUGAACUUUUCUCAAAGAGCCAGCUGUCUGCUCCCUCCACUCCGCCUCAGAGCGGGGGCAAAGGCGCAUGCCCUGACGGUGACCCGGCGCCCGGUAUGUCGUCCCCGGACGGGCGCCACGCGGGCUCGGGCUCAGAGAACGGGGACAGUGAGUCCCUCAUCAGUUCCCCUGUGUCCAAGGCGGUGAAAGACAGCGAGGACACAGCGGGAUCCAUCAGCUCCCUGGGCUCAGAUUCUGGCUCCGACACGGACAAGGACGAGCACGAGCCGUCUGCGUCUGCAGCCUCACGCCACAUGAACGCUAUUGACAUCUUGACGCGCGUCUUUCCCAGCCAUAAGCGCAGCGUGCUGGAGCUGGUGCUGCAGGGUUGUGGCCGGGACGUUGUGCAAGCAAUCGAGCAGAUCCUGAACAACAAGACGGGCUCCGAGGAGCCGUGGGCCGCGGAUAAGGCGCUCCAGAACGCGCAGCCUUCUCCUGCCUCUGCUGUCUCAAGUGCGCUGACCAGACCUAUGCUGCCUGGGGCCAUGACCCUCAGUACCCGCUCGGCCUUUUCUCCACUUCAUCCCAACGGGCCGCACUUCGGUGCUGAGCCGGGCACGUACCCUCUGGGUUCACCCUUGGGACUUAACCCGCUGCGCCUCGCGUACUCCGCGCACAGCCGCGGGCUCGCCUUCAUGACCCCCUAUUCCACCACGGGUCUGGUGCCCACUCUGGGCUUCAGACCCCCAAUGGACUAUGCAUUCAGUGACCUGAUCAGAGACAGGACAGUGUUACACAAGGAGCAGGGCUACAGCGGCCUGUACGGGCCUCUGGUCAACAACACUCCGGACAAACAGUGA